CGUUUAAUUUAUAAAUAAAUAUAUUUUUAUUAUAGCAGAUUUUAUUUUUCAAAAUAAUAUUUUUAAAAAAAUUUCAUUUAAAAAAAAUAUGAGACACAUUCUAUCAUUAGUCCUAAUAUUAAUCCUUAUGUCAGAAACGCAUACAGACGAAUGGGGGACAUUUAUUGACAAGUUGAGUAACACUGAUCACGGAGUAAGUGGCAACCUGUAUGUGGCAGAUGAAAAUACUCUCUUCCUAAACAAUUUCAAUUAUGACGGGAAAUCAGCAGACGCGUUUUUUUUGGCCGGAAAUGUAGGAAGCCAACCUAGCCCUUCAGGGUUUAAAAUUCCUACGGAUGAUGGAAAUGUAAAUCCUUUAGCCAAAAGUAAAGAUCAAGAAUUUUUGCUGAAAUUGCCGAAUAUGAAAGUUUCCGAAUUAAAAUGGUUUUCUGUGUGGAGCGAUAAAUCGAAAAAAAGUUUAGGUGAAGUAAUUUUCAAGAAAGAUUCUUUUCAAAUUCCUAAAAAUUAUUCGUUCGGUCCCAUUCCGGGAGCGCAUCAUAAUGUACACGCGAGCGAAGGCGUGUUGACGACGGAUAAAACUAUACUACUCAAGAAUUUUAAUUACGAUGGAUUAGGACCGGAUGCAUAUUUUUUGGCGGGAAAGGGGGAGUCGAUAAAUCACGAAAACGCAAUAAAAAUACCGAAUGAACAAGGCAGCCUGAAACCGGUACCUAAAUACAGUAUGCAAACAAUCGAGUUGACGCUCCCAGAUAAUAAGACCUGGUCCGACUUCAAUUGGUUUUCAUUGUAUUGCAUAAAAUACACCCAAAAUUUUGCUUCCGUUUUUUUACCCGACAAGCAUGUCCUUCCUCCUUAUAAUGUUCUAAGGAAAAAAUGGGGCCCACAUACAACUGGAGGAGGGAUAUCUGCAACAACAAUUACUUCCAGGUGGAUUCAUAUGGUUCUUUCAAUCCUAGUAAUCUACCUGCUUUCUGUCGUAUCUUCUUAAAAGAUUCCUUUAAAAUGUCAUAAUUUCGUUUAUGAUAAUUUUUUUUUCUCUAUAUUUUGCAAAAAUCGUGAAUAAAUUAAUCUAAAAUAGAAACAAGAAACAUGCUAAAUUUUUAUUUUAUAGUACUUUAUAUUAAGAUAUAAUUUUUAAUUAUUUUAGUAUAUUUGGAGAAAG